CCGCCAUGCUAUUGACUGAAACGAAGACUCCAUUGCUGCUCAGAUCUUUGAUUGCUUGAUCUCUGAGUUCUCACCGGAGAAGAAGAUGGUACUCAAAUACCUCACCUUCAUCCCCGACGACCCCGACUUCCUCAACGUUCGCCCUGGUUCUCCUCAUCCCUUCUUCUAUUUGAUCUCAUCUGCCUCGUCUUCUCCUGAUGUGUGGAGCAACUGCUACGGCAGUUGCGCCGCCAGCGUCGCGUCCGCCCACCGCCGUUUCCUCUCGACUCCCGUUUGUGAGCCUACCAGAGUUGAAGAAGGAGCAGCGGAUGAAGGCCGAGAGCUAGCAUCUGGUCGCAAUUCUGCAGGAUAUCCGACCUAUCUGGCGCCGAGGCGGGUUUCAGAAGUUGGCUCACUAUUAAGCAAAGUUGGGGGAAUGACAGUUGGACUUAUAGACACACUUGGUAGUUUUACUUUCCCCGCAUCAGGGUCAACCAAAAAAGGGUUUAAAAUCUCUGUGUUGGCUUUCGAAGUGGCAAGUACAAUUUCAAGAGCUGCCAAUCUUAUGGAAUCCCUCUCGGAGGAAAGCAUCACGCAUCUGACAGAAGUCGUGCUUCCUUCAGAAGGUGUGCAACGUCUGGUAUCCGCUGAUAUGGACGAACUUCUGAAAAUUGCUGCUCUGGAUAAGAUGGAAGAACUGAAAGUGUUCCUUGGUGAGGUUGUCCGGUUUGGAAAUCUGUCCAGAGAUCCUCAGUGGCACCAUUUGAACCGCUAUUUUAUAAAAGCGGCUUCCCAACUGCCAAAUAAGCAGUCAAAAGUAGGAGCUGAGACACUGAUUCAGCAAUUGAUGAUCCUGGUUCAGAAUACUGCUGUGCUGUAUUAUGAGUUGUACGCCUUGGAUAGACUUGAGCAAAAUUAUAGGUGCAAAAUUCACGAGUAUGAUGUUUCAAAUUCUAGUCACAGAGGAGACAGAAAUAGCCUUUCAAUCUUGAGAGCUGAGACGAAGGCCCGGAGGAAGCAUGUCAGGAGUUUGAAGCAGAAAUCCCUUUGGUCAAGGACCAUCGAGGAGGUGAUGGAGGAGCUUGUUAUCAUUGCUCGUUUUUUGCAUUUUGAGAUUCUCAGAAUCUUUGAUCUCGCUGAUUGUGAUCUUGCUAAUGAUCAUCAGACCAACCAGAGAACGUUGGGCUCUGCUGGUUUGGCUUUACAGUAUGCAAAUGUUAUAACACAUAUCAAUGCUAUUGUUUCUCAGCCUAGUUUUGUCCCUCCAAGAUCGAGAGAUGCCUUGUACCAAGCACUACCACACCAUGUUCAGUCAGUCCUUUGGCGACGACUACGCCCACUACAUGUCCCAGAAGGGCUUACCAUCUCAGAAAUCAAAGAACUAAUGGAGGAGAUGUUGCAAUGGCUCGUUCCAAUGGCUGCUAAGACUAUUAAAACUCAUCAUAGUUUUGCUCGGCUUGGAGAAUGGGGAAAUUUUGUGACCAGUUCAAACAGGAAACCAGCAGAUGUGAUCAGAAUUGAGACGCUGCACCAUGCAGAUAUCGAGAGGACCGAUCUCCUCAUACUCGAAUUGAUCUUUUGGCUUCAUCUUCUGGCGAGCCGUUCUAGAGCACAGGCUUAUGAAACCAGAUCCCCAGCACAUGACGUGGUCCGGUUAUAUCCAACUAAGCUCGAUUCCAACUCCGAAGCAAGGAUGCAAAGGCCGGGAACAAGCAGGAGCCUGAAUUUUGGUAAUGCUGGUGCUCCGGUCAUCAAAAGCCAUCAUAGGCUUGCCACCAGCAGUAGCGAUUCCGCAGUGAUCGAGACUAACAAUGUGUUUCCUGGUGAGGGGCCCUCGUUUCCUAUGAUCAACUGCGACAUUGACUGGAUCAAAGUGUUGGAUGUUAUCGAUGGAGUGGAUACGAUGUUAAACACAGAAGUUGCCUGUUCCUUUGCCCCUUCUUCGAGACGUUGAUCAGAUCGCUGCAUAUGUAUACACAAAAAAGGAAAUAAUGUUGUCGAGUGGAGCGUUCGAUGGUUAUUUCUGCAUAUAUGUAUUCAGUAUCUUCAUGCGGAUAACGAUUCUGAUGCCUAGUCGUUCUACUACGCAUAAGAUGAAUCUCAAUCUAUUUUCCUUUUUCUAUGCUCUGAUUUAACAUUAACUCCACAUCAGAUUAUCUGGAUUUCUUCUGCUUCCAGAUUUUCCUUAGUUUUGGAUAUGACUAGCUUGCAAGUUCGUGUAAA